GUGUAGGCGAGUGGGUGCCUAGCCCAGAGGGAAGCACCGCCUCCUUCUCUCCUAGUCUUCCCUCCCUCUUUUCUUAUCCCUACCCUGGAGAAGAGCCGGAGACUAGAGCCCCCUCCAGUCACUGUUCAGACAGCCGUGGCUGCGUCAGCUGAUUCCUUGCGCUCCAGCCUCUUCUCGCUCUGCUUUCUCAAAGUGGAUUAAAGUCCGCCGACGCCGCCGCCGCUGUCUCGGAGUUUCUGGGUCAGGAGGAUUAUGAAAGUGAAGUGGGGCUGCUGACAGAGUGCAGCCAGCCAGCGAGCCAGCCAGCCAUCUAGCUAGCCGCAGCCCACGAGCUUCUGCCCAACCUUGAACUUUUUUCUUUCUUUCUUUCUUUUUUUUUAAAAUUCUCUCCUCCUUUCACCCUGGGCAGCCCCCACCUACAGAAGGACUUUCCGGGCAGGGUGUGCUUGAGGGAAGGGGGUCACAGUCUAGGAUGGCUUCCAAUUUUAAUGACAUAGUAAAACAAGGGUAUGUAAAGAUUAGGAGCAGACGCUUAGGUAUUUAUCAAAGAUGCUGGCUAGUAUUCAAGAAAGCUUCAAGCAAAGGUCCAAAAAGAUUGGAGAAAUUUUCAGAUGAGCGGGCAGCAUAUUUUAGGUGUUACCAUAAGGUCACAGAGCUUAAUAAUGUUAAAAAUAUAUUACGAUUGCCCAAAAGCACAAAGAAACAUGCCAUUGGGAUUUAUUUCAACGACGAUACUUCCAAGACCUUUGCUUGUGACUCAGAGCUUGAGGCAGAUGAGUGGUGUAAAGUGCUGCAGAUGGAAUGUCUGGGAACUCGCAUUAAUGACAUCAGUCUUGGAGAGCCUGAUUUACUGGCUACUGGUGUAGAAAGAGAGCAGAGUGAGAGAUUCAAUGUGUAUUUGAUGCCAUCUCCUAACUUAGAUGUACAUGGGGAAUGUACCUUGCAGAUAACAUAUGAGCAUAUCUGUCUUUGGGACAUCCAGAAUCCCAGAGUCAAGCUCAUCUCUUGGCCAUUAAGUGCCCUCCGGCGAUAUGGACGAGAUCCAACUUGGUUCACAUUUGAGGCAGGAAGGAUGUGUGAUACUGGGGAAGGACUUUUUAUCUUUCAGACAAGAGAUGGGGAAGCCAUCUAUCAGAAAGUACACUCUGCUGCCCUGGCCAUAGCAGAGCAGCAUGAGCGUCUGCUACAAAGUGUGAAAAAUUCAAUGGCUUCCAUCAACUGAGCUAUUCAGAAACAGGUCUGCUGCUAAUAUGGUGAAACUCCUACAAAUUCUUCUGAAGGCCAAUGGGAAGAGAUCAGUUCCUACUGUGUGAUAUGUUGCCUACUGAGCCCUUAUCCAAAUCUUAAAAUCAACUUUUUAUUAUGUUAACUUACCCUUCAUAUGUAUUUAAUGUGUGGUUUAUGAUAUGUUUUGGGUAUUAAAUUCCUUUCUCUGUCUACAAUGGCAACUAUUCCUAAUGUUUACAAACACUUGAAUCAGAACAUUUUCCAGCAAUUUUAAACACUCACCAUAACUAUAUAUGGUAGCUCUUAUUAGAAAUAUGUUUCUAAAAGUAUUUUUAUUACCAUGUCUGAUAUCUUUAUUUUCUUCUGGAGAAGUAAUGUGGUAUAAUAGGAAGGAAUAUUGGCAUUAGAGUCACUCAGAAAUUCAGGAUUCUAGUUCUAGUAGGUAAUUUUUAGCAGCAUGAUCUUGGACAAAUCACCUAAAUCAUUCUCUGAGCCUCCUUUUCCUCUGAGAAGAUUGGAUUAGAUGAUUAGUUCCUUCCAAUAUUAAUGUUAUUUGUUCUAUGGACUUCUCCCUCCUUCCUUGGUUGUUUUCCUUUUUGGGAUAAAUACUGUCCAGCUGAAAGAGACAGUAUGAGGUAAUUAAAAAAUAAAAAUACAGAAUUUAGAGUCAGAGGAUGUUAGUUCACAACCCAGCUCUUUUAGCAACAUCUUUGCGUUAGUCAAGUCAUUUUACUUCCAUGGGUCUUAGUUUUCUCAACUGUAAAAUGAGAAGGCUGGGCUGGAUGUUGGCUAAGGUCUUUUCCAACCCAGAUGUAUUGAGAGAGUAGAGUGAUGCUGCUGCUUACAUUAUUCAGGUUAUUCCUUCAGCAGCAGGGCUAUUUUUGCCACCUUUGAGGCAUCCCCUGCAUUAGUAUCAAUGACCAGUCUAAUUUUGGAAUGAGGAGUGGCUGUCUGCAAGGAGCCAAUUAUUCCAGGAAUGCAUACGUCAUAGUUUAGUCUUUCCCUCAAGUGGUAGCCUAGAGACAGAGUACUUGCAGUCAGCAGACAGCCAGGGAACCCUAGAACACAGUAUUAUGUCAGAGUACUUUCACCAAAAAAACAAGUUACACCUUCCCCAUGAAGCCUUUAAAGCUAAUGCUGCACUUAGUGAGUCCUCCUUAAAAUGGAACUGAUCACACUUCUACACUCGGAUCACUUAGUUUUAUAACAAAUCUCAUCCUAUAAUCAGACUUCUCUUAUAUUAUCUUCCUAUUUGUUGAGCUUUUCUCCAAAUGAUAUUGAAAUUAGUUUCACCCUGCUUUCACUAUGGUAGCUCAUCCAUUCACUAACUGCUUAGGGAAUAUCAAAUAUCUUUUAAACACUGUGCAAGGUCUGGGGAAAGAUAUUAACAUAUAUAUGAAAUGGCCCCUACACUCAAGGAGCAUGCAUAAUGUGGUCUCCAACUGGGAUAAGAGAAUUCAAGAGGUAUUGAAAAGGUUUUAUCACUACUUAAAAAAUAUCUCAUCACAAUUUUUAUUAAAAAACCCUUAACAUAUGUCUUAGAAUCAAUACUAAGUAAGUAUUGGUUCUAAGGCAGAGCAGUAAGAGCUAGGAAUUUGGGGUUAAAUGACUUGCCCGGGGUCACAAAGCUAGGAAGAUUCUGAGGCUAGAUUUGAACAGAGGAUUUGUGUCUCUAGAUCUGCCUCUGUCCCAUGAGCUACCUAGCUUUUGCUACUAGAACUGCUUUAAAACAAAACAAAAAACAACAAACACCCUUACUAUCCAUCUUAGAAGCAAUACCAUGUAGUCAUUCUAAGGCAGAAGAGCAAUAAGAGCUAGGCAAUGGGGGUUAAGUGACUUACCCAGUGUUAUACAGCUAGGAAGUAGCUGAAAUCAAACUUGAACCCAGGACUCUGUGUCUCUAGGCUUGCCUCUCUAUCCCCUGAGCCACCUACAUGCUCCCACCAUUAUUUUUUAAAAAUAGUGUUAUACAGCAUUUUGAAGAAAUGAUAAGGGAGUCAUGGAAUCAAAUCAAGAGAGAAUAUUUAAAGUUAAAAUGUAGUCAUUUUUAGAUAUUAGGUUCAUUACAUCAAUUUUAAGGUUAAAUAAAUUACUGUAAUUGCAAUAGUAACAGGCAGUAGUGGUGGUGGUAGCAGUUGUAAAAACUUGUAUGAGAGUAACAACCUAUUGGUAUGCUAGGAUUUUAGUUGUUAACACUACAUGCUUCUCCAUUUUGAAAAUACUUCACUGUUCCCUCUCCAAAGAUCACUAUCUCAAAAUAGCAGCAAUUAUUUUCUGGCUUUCAUUAAUAAGAUUACUGUUUAAGUGAUAUAUUUAUAUAUUUCUAUUUUAUGCAAUUAUAGAUUAUUAACUAAAUGAAACCCAUCUCAUUUGUGGGAAUAUCAAUUAAUCUACAUUUACUCAGACCUGUUGUGUUUAAGACACUGUGCUAGGUGCUAUGAAAAGAUACAAAGUCCAAUAAGAAAAGAUCCCUUCUCCUAAGAACCUUAUUCUAUUGAGGUACUACCUCAUACCUAUUAGAUUGGCUAACAUGAAAGAAAAGAAAAAUCUAAAUGUUGGAGGCAUUGUGGGAAAAUUGAGACACUAAUAUACUCUUGGUGGAGUUGUGAACUGAUCCAGCCAUUCUGAAGAGCAAUUUCGAACUGUGGACACGGGGUUUUAAAAUGUGCAUAUCCAUUGAUUCCACAAUAUUACUACUAGGUCUUUAUCCUUUUUUUCAUUUCUUUGUUUAUUUUUCUUUUUAAAAAAUUUUAUUUUUAAAUAUGCUUCCAUGUUUACAUGAUUCAUUUUCUUUCCCACUCCUCUUUCCUCCCCCCUCCAAAGUCAACAAGCAAUUAUAUUGGGUUGUACAAAUGUUAUCGCUGGAUACCUAUUUCUAUAUUAUUCAUUUUUGCUUUAGAGUGAUAUUUUAAAGCCUAAACCCCAAUUGACAUCCCAUAUGUGUGUGUGUGCAUGUGUGUGAUAAGUAAUGUCAUAUAUUUUUCUUUUGCAUUUUUACUCCCAUAGUUCUUUCUCUCAAUGUAGUUUUCAUUCUUUCCCAUAAGUGCUUCAGGAGUGUCCUGGCUUGUUGAACUGCUACUAGUAGCAAAGUGCAUUGCAUUGGAUUGUUCCACAAUGUUUACUUUCUGUGUACAGUGUUCUUCUGGUUCUGCUCAUUUCAUGGAGGUUCUCACAGUUAAUGUAGAAAGCCUCCAGAUCAUCAUUCCUUACAACACAAUAGUAUUCUAUCACCAUCAUAUACCACAGUUUGUUCAGCCAUUCCCCAAUCAAGGGACAACCCUUCAUUUUCCAAUUUUUUGCCACAACAAGGAGUGUGGCUAUGAAUAUUUUUGUACAAGUAUUUUGUCAGACCUUUGUCAUAGGAUUUUGUUAUAAAAUCCCCCCCCCCCAGUUUGUUGCUUCCCUUUUAAUUUUCAUUGUAUUUGUUUUGUUUGUACAGAAACUUCUAAAUUUAAUACAAUAAAAAUUAUUUUACAUUU